AUGGCUGCCAAUGAACUGUCCGACAGGGCACUGAAACUCACUGACGAUGUAAUCGCUAUGAACCCGGCCCACUACACUGUUUGGAUUUACCGCGUUAAGAAUCUUUUUGCUCUCAAAAAAGACCUCACUGAAGAGUUUGAAUGGCUGAACCAAAUGUCAUUGAAGUACCUUAAGAACUACCAAAUAUGGCACCACCGACAGGUUCUCAUGUCAUCCAGGGAAAACUUCCCGACACUCCCGCCCAAGGAGCUGGACUUCCUUAUGGAGAUGUUCAAGCAAGACGCCAAAAACUAUCAUGUCUGGACCUACCGCCACUGGCUAGUGCGACACUUUAGACUGUGGGACGAGCCCCGAGAGAUCCAGGACGUCGAUCUCCUCCUGUCACAAGACGUGAGGAAUAACUCCGCCUGGAAUCAUCGUUUCAUGCUCCGUUUUGGUCCACGCAGUGAUGAGCCAGACGGCGGGAUGCCGAAUAGCACCGCGCCCCCGCCUGAGAAGGGCAGGUUAGCCGUGGUUGACGAGGACCUUGUCGACGCUGAACUGGAGUACACCAAGGCCAAGGUCAUUAGAGCCCCUGAAAAUCGUAGCCCGUGGGGAUAUGCCCGCGGCAUGCUGCGGGCAUCCGGCCGGCCACUGUCGGAGUGGAAAGACUUUGCGAAGAAGUUUGUCCAGGAAAAGGUCGAGGACGGCAAGGUGGUGGAUAUUGAGGUCAAGAGCAGUCAUGCUCUAGAAUGGUUGGCUGACACAUAUGGAGAAGAAGGCGAACAAGCCACUGCCGAGGCAGUGCAGAUGUUUACCUUAUUGAAGGAGAAGUAUGAUCCCAUCCGGAAGAAUUACUGGGAUUAUCGGAUUCGUAUGAUUGCUCCUGCAACGUGGAGCCAAGAGAUUCCCACUUCGGCAUGA